AUGUGGCAGGGCUUACAGGCCAUCACUCAGUACAGCUUGCCGCGCUUCGGCUUUCUCGCGCACUGCUUCCAAUGUCCCCUUCUCCGGCCGCUGGCAUCAGGCAUCACCGAGGUUUUGAGGCCUGGUUCACGCAACAAGCCAGGGACUGUGUCCAGACUGAUCAGGAAACUAAGUCUGUUGGGCCUGAACACAUCCCUCUGCAACAGGAUCCUGGACUUUCUGACCGGAAGGCCACGCUUGGCAAAGGGAGAGAAUUGCAAAAUUUUAGAAAGCCCAGAAGAUCCUUUGCUGUCUAAAGAUGGAGAUGUGAUAAUUGGAGCUGUAUUUUCAAUACAUAGUGGUACAGAGCUGCAGUCAUUGCCUUAUACUGAAAAACCUCAACCUUUAAUAUGCAUUAGAUUUAACCUCAGAGAAUUUCGCUUUGCUCAGACUAUGAUUUUUGUAAUUGAAGAAAUCAACAGAAGCAGCCAUUUGCUUCCAAAUAUCACAAUUGGUUACAGGAUUUAUGACAACUGUGUCUCAAGAUUGUUAUCUAUGAAAGCAGCCAUGGCUUUGAUGAAUGGUAAGGACAUAACAGCAGUUGACUCCUGCUCAGAAAAAGCUUUAGUACAAGCCAUCAUAGGGGAGUCAGAGUCUACUCCUACUAUAGCACUCACAAGAACUACAGGGCCUUUUAAGAUUCCAGUGAUAAGUCAUGCUGCAACAUGUGAGUGUUUAAGCAGCAGAAAAGAGUACCCCUCUUUCUUCAGAACCAUAGCAAGUGACUACUACCAGAGUAGAGCAUUGGCAUAUUUGGUCAAGCACUUUGGCUGGUCUUGGGUCGGAGCAGUGAACAGUGAUAAUGACUAUGGCAACAAUGGAAUGGCCAUUUUUCUGAAUGCAGCAAAAGAGGAGGGAAUAUGUGUUGAGUACUCUGAGAAGUUUGACCGGUCAGAUUCUGAGAAAGUCUGGAAAGUGGUCAAUAUUAUUAGGAGAAGCACAGCCAAAGUUAUUAUUAUAUUUCUUACCCAAGUAGACAUGAAUAUCCUAACAGACCACCUUAUUUUAAAGAAUGUCACUGGCUAUCAGAUGAUUGGUGUUGAAGGAUGGAUUACUGCUGUUAAUCUAGUAACACCUGCAAGUUACAACAUACUAGCUGGAUCCAUUGGAUUAGAUGUGGGGAAAAUGAAUAUUGAUGGUUUUGCAGACUACGUUAUAAAAGAAUUUUGGCAGACAGCUUUUCCCUGCUUAAAUACGAUAGGAAACAUUUCUCAAACUGCAGACAACUGCAAAAAAUAUAAAAACAUUACUGCAUUUGAAAACUACAAUGCCGAUAUAACAGAACUGAGAUAUGCAAAUAACAUCUACAAUGCAGUUUAUGCUGUAGCACAUUCUCUACACAGCCUGUUGAGAUGCACAGAAAAUCAAAGUUGUGAAAAAAAAAAAUUAAUUCAACCAUGGCAGGUUGUUGAGUCUCUAAAGAAGGUCAAUUUUACCACUAAAGUUGGGGAAGAUGUUUGGUUUGACAGCACUGGGGCAACAGCUGCAAAAUAUGAUGUGGUGAACUGGCAACGAGGACUUAAUGGAGAUGUGCAGUUUAGGGCAGUAGGUUAUUAUGAUGCCUCUCUGCCAAGUGGACAACAGUUUGUACUAAACACUGAUGAUAUACUGUGGGUUGGAGAGAAAAGAGAGCCAAGGUCUGUGUGCAGUGAGAGAUGUCCUCCAGGAACAAGGAAAGCCACACAGAAAGGAAGGCCUGUUUGCUGCUAUGACUGUUUACCAUGUGCAGAGGGAGAGAUCAGUAACCAGACAGAUUCAAAUAACUGUGAGCAGUGUCCAGGAGAAUAUUGGUCUAAUGCUGAAAGAGAUAAAUGUGUUCUAAAGGUCAUAGAGUUUCUUUCAUUUACAGAGGUUAUGGGGAUAAUACUUGUAUUCUUUUCUUUGUUUGGAGCUACAUUAACUGUGUUAGUAGCUAUUUUAUUUUUAAUAGAAAGAGAAACUCCUAUUGUUAAGGCAAAUAACUCUGAGCUGAGCUUCCUGCUGCUGUUCUCCCUGACUCUGUGUUUUCUCUGUUCGCUUACUUUCAUUGGACGGCCAUCCCAGUGGUCAUGUAUGCUGCGUCACACAGCAUUUGGGAUUACAUUUGUCCUCUGUAUCUCCUGUAUACUGGGGAAAACAGUAGUUGUGCUAAUGGCCUUCAGGGCUACACUUCCAGGCAGUAAUGUCAUGAAAUGGUUUGGGCCUCUACAGCAGAGAGUCAGUGUACUUGCCUUCACUCUUAUACAGGUCCUUAUUUGUGUGCUUUGGUUAACAGUUUCACCUCCUUUUCCAUAUAAGAACAUAAACUACUACAAGGAAAAGAUCAUAUUAGAAUGUAACUUGGGCUCAACCAUAGGUUUCUGGGCUGUACUUGGUUAUAUAGGAUUUCUUGCUUUCUUGUGCUUUGUUUUAGCUUUUCUAGCUAGAAAGCUGCCAGAUACUUUUAAUGAAGCCAAAUUUAUCACAUUUAGCAUACUCAUAUUUUGUGCCGUGUGGAUCACCUUUAUUCCUGCUUAUGUCAGCUCUCCUGGAAAAUUUACUGUAGCUGUGGAGAUAUUUGCUAUUUUGGCCUCCAGUUUUGCUUUACUAUUCUGUAUAUUCACACCUAAAUGUUAUAUCAUUCUAUUUAAACCUGAACUAAACACAAAAAAAAACAUGAUGGGAAAAAUGACUCCAAAAUAA